AUGAGUGGCCAAAAUAGUAAAUCACUACCCCAGGAGGUCCCAAUCCUCUGUGAUACCACAGAACGGGCAAGUGCCCGCGCUGUGGUGUCAUGCUGCCCACCGUAUUCUGGGGGGGCACACCGCUCAAGGACGAAAACCGACGACCAUGGCAAACGUUUACUGGACAAUGAUGCAUGCGGAUUAGUUUUAAGGUUGCGCGGAGGAGGGGACGAGGAAGGUGCGAAAGCGGCUGCUACGACACCCUCUCCAAACCCCCCAACCAUGGAGUUCCGACCAGUCCGGGACAAUCAGGGGCGUUACAUACAUCAUGCCGUCCCCGGUAGCGAGGACGGAGAGGAGGAGGCGCCCGUGGCACCGCAGGAGUUCGUGCGGUCGCCCACACCAAUCCCUACGAGGGUGUUUUGUGGGAGGAGGGCUCGAGGCGCGCUGGAGAGGCUUUCGCCAGGAAGGGAGGAGUUCUUUUCCCCCGCAAAGGUCGACACGCGUGAUCUUCCCAGUGAAAAGUUUUUCAGGUCGCCGUUGCAGACGGACGCCGACACUGAGACAGCCGAUUCGGAUGGUUCGCUGCCUAUUCCCCCCUCAAACCAAUCCGGGGAAGGACGGAAGCGGCUGUUAAGCGAGGAUAAUGGAUCGGAAGUAUCCAGUGAUGAUGCUUCCGACCCCGGAGCAAGGCGUAGCUUCGGGUCUAAUAAGAGAGGACGUGGCCACCCUACAACAGCACAUGGCGUGGGGCUGGCCCGGGCCAAAGCCCAAUUCUUAAAGCGGAAUCAAGAGGAACUUAAGCUGCAAGCUGCGAAGGAGGUGGCGGAGGCAACCCGUAAGGCGAUGAGCAAGCGCCUUACCCGCCUGCCACAGUCCCCCCGGACACCAAGCGGGGACGAAGGCGAGGACGCCCGUUCAGCCCUGGCCCUAACCCAGCAGGUGCUGGACGGCUUGGGCGUCAUCAACCACGUCGCCACUAAAUCAAAAAACUUAAAAGGGACGUUUGUGCGUGAUCUAAAGCAAGCCAUGGUAACGAUCCGCGAGGCGGUCACGGAGUUAGGGGGGCGCUCGGUCUCGGACGAGACCGAGAAAUUGGCUGCGGAAAAUACGCGCCUAAAGGCAGAUAUUGCCGAACUCCGCAAGGAGAUGGGUGAGCUUCGCGCCAGUCUCGCGGAACUGAGGGCAGGCACAGAUGGCCAGGGGCAGAGCUCCCUUCGGGGCAGCCCAACACCCCUACCUUCGGCACCGAGCGAUCCUUCGGUCUGGGAUAUAGAAAGCAUUGCUCGCUCCGUCACGAUUCAAGUGAGCCAGAUAAUCAACGCUCGAUUUGACGGAUUGGAAAAGGAGGGCCGGCUCUUGCCAGCGCAACGUCUUGGCCCACCACUGGCUGGUGACAAGACGAAGGACACGGAUCCUAACAUGACACAGAAGCCGUCAACAUCAGGGGCACCUGAUGCUCCAAAGAAGGGACCUCCUAACUACACACAGGAGCCCCAAAAGAGUAGCGGUAAGGGUAAGGCGAAGGGCAAGAAGAGUGUUGCUGUUGCCCCCCAAACACAAAAAACCCUUGCUCGCGAACUGAACUUAGCGGCCCCCCUGCCCCAGCCAACGCCUCCAGAUCCUGUGCAGGUGAAAAAUAAAUGGCAGGUAGCAGGUCGCAAUAAAAAAAAGGGAAAAAAAGAUAAACCGGUUAACACCCAGCCACAGCAGAGCCGGCAAAAGGCUCAGCGGCCCAAAAAGGCGAAGAAGUUAACACCUCCACGCUCUUCAGCUGUGGUUCUGACAUUGUUGCCAGAGGCGAAAGAGUUAGGAGUGACGUAUGCGAACGUGCUCUCCGAGGCAAAAAAGGUGGACCUGACCAGUAUCGGCAUCACAAAGAUGAGAAUAAAGCGUGCUGUCACUGGUGGUCAAGUACUGGAGGUACCAGGGACAGCCAGCGACGAAAAAGCUGAUCAGCUGGCCAAGGCCCUGGCGGAGAAAUUAGGCGAGCAGAAUGUCCGUAUCUCAAGGCCAAUUAAAUGCGCGGAACUUCGCUUAUCGGAGUUGGAUGACUCAGUGUCACCGGAGUCAGUGGCAGCCGCGAUCGCUAUUAACGGUGGUUGUCCCACUGAGAAAGUGAAAACUGGCGAGAUCCGUCGAGGCAUCCGCACCCUCGGCACACUAUGGGUGCGCUGCCCUGUUACGGCUGCCAAGAAGGUGGUUCAGGAUGGGCGCCUUGACCUUGGCUGGGGGCUCUCGGCCAGAGUUAGCCUACUAAAAGAGAGGCCAAUGAGAUGCUUCAGAUGUCUCCAAAUGGGGCACACCAGUGCCCAGUGCACAGCGACGGAGGACCACAGUGCCCUUUGUUUUAGAUGUGGCCAGCCAGGGCAUAAGAGGGCAGCUUGCUCAGGGCCACCUUCUUGUGUCCUGUGUUCCGCUGCGGGUAAGCCCGCGGACCAUAAAAUGGGGUCCAAGGCCUGCAAGAAUCCCCGCUCUAAGAAAGAUAUGCGCGCUGGCGAUGGCUCCCCCUCCCACGCUGCUCUCCCCGCCACUGGCUUGGUGGCAGAGGACGAAAUAGAGUCUCUGGCCCAAUGGGGGAUACAUGUGGCGGUCUUGGCUGAGCCAUACUCGGUUUCGCUCCGUGACGACUGGGCCGCAGACCUCGACGGGACUGUUGCUAUUGUGUCGAGAGUGGGCGCAGGUUCUUCUGCGUUUGAAGGUGUGCUGAAGGGGAAAGGCUUCGUCUCAGCGAGAUGCGGGUGUGCCACAUUCGUCGGCAUAUACUUCUCCCCGAACCGAUGUCGGGCGGAGUUCGAGCGCUACCUAACAGAGGUGGGCGCUCACGUCGCACAACUUUCUGGCCCGCUAAUUGUCGCAGGGGACUUUAACGCAAAAUCCACUGCAUGGGGUUCACCGGUGACCGAUGUGCGCGGCGAGGUGCUGGAAGAGUGGGCGGUUGCGACAGGGCUCACUCUUGCUAACACGGGAGCAAUUCACACGUGCGUGCGGCAACAGGGCGGCUCCAUUGUGGACCUGACUUUCACGAAUGCUUCUCUGGCGGGCCGUGUAAAUGGUUGGAAGGUAAUGGCGGACGUGGAGACGCUGUCGGAUCAUCGCUAUAUCCGAUAUGACGUCUUCACGUCUCCAUCAGGCUCCGUCCCAAGUCGAGAUCCUCCUGCCGGCAGCGGUGGGCGCCCGAGAUGGGCUCUAAGCAAGCUUGACCGAGACCGGCUUACAGAAGCAGCAACAGUUCAGGCGUGGCUGCCAGCGCCAGAAGGUGAGGUUGUGGUGGAGGCGGAAGCAUCCUGGUUCCGGGAAGCCAUGACGCAAAUAUGCGACGCGGCGAUGCCCCGGGCAAAGUCUCCAUCACAAAAGACUCAAGUGUACUGGUGGACAGCUGAGCUUGCACUCCUGCGGAAGGGCUGCUCAGAUGCGCGGCGCCGGUACCAAAGACAGAGGAGACGUCGGCGGCCAGAUGAAGAGGCGGAAAGGACCCUGUAUGCUCUAUACAAGGCAGCGAAGGAGUCUCUCAAGACUGCCAUGGGCCGAGCCAUGGAUGCUGCGAGAGAGGAAUUUCUCGAAACACUAAAUGCGGAUCCCUGGGGCAGGCCCUAUAAACUUGUGAGAAACAAGCUGCGCCCAUGGGCCCCACCCCUCACGCAAACCCUUGAAAUUGAGUUCCUCGAGGAAGUGGUCACGGUACUGUUUCCUGCCAGAGGCAAUGUCAAUCCUCCAGCAAUGGCGCCACCGCGUGCUGAAGAGACCGAAGAAGUGCCGGCGGUUUCUGCCGAGGAAUUGAGAGCAGCAGUCCGGCGAAUGCGUAUCAAAAACACGGCCCCGGGCCCAGACGGUCUUCCUGGCCGCGCAUGGGCCCUCGCAAUAGCGGAGCUGGAGCCGCGUCUUACUCGCUUAUUUUCGGCGUGCCUGGAUCAGGGACGCUUUCCUGUAGCGUGGAAAACAGGGAAACUAGUCCUGCUGAAAAAAGAGGGUCGCCCGGCAGAAUCGCCCUCGGCUUAUCGGCCAAUCGUGCUGCUUGAUGAGGUAGGGAAGCUAUUCGAGCGCAUCAUAGCGUCCCGCCUCAUCAAGCAUAUGCAGACAGCGGGGCCAGACUUAGCCGACAACCAAUUUGGGUUCAGGAGCGGCCAUUCCACAGUGGAUGCCAUCCUGUGUGUCAAAACCCUGGCCCAAGAAUCUGUUUCCCGAGGUGAGGUCGUUCUGGCAGUGUCAUUAGACAUUCGCAACGCCUUUAACACCAUGCCUUGGGAAACAAUAAACGAGGCAAUGCGCUACCACUGCGUUCCUCCUCAUUUGGCCCGUAUAAUCCGGGCGUAUCUGAGUGAUCGGUUUGUGGAGUGGCCUGGGCAGCGCACUUGGGGUCGGAAACAGAUGGAGUGCGGCGUUCCUCAGGGGUCAGUGCUAGGGCCACUUCUUUGGAAUGUCGGUUAUGACUGGGUCUUGCGGGGAGAAAACCAACGUGGAAUAAGUGUAUUUUGUUACGCUGAUGACACGUUGGUGAUGGCCAAGGGACCAAGCUAUCGUGACGCGGCCAUUCUGGCUACGGCGGGUGUUGCCCAAGUCGUAAGCCGCAUAAGACGGUUAGGGCUGGAGGUCGCUCUCCAAAAAUCAGAAGCCAUCUGCUUCUACGGGCCUCGGAAAGCACCUCCAAUGGAUGCCCAAAUUACUGUCGGCGGGGUCCCAAUCGCUGUCAAGCCAACUCUGCGUUAUCUGGGAGUUGUGCUCGACAGCAAAUGGAACUUCAAGGCUCAUUUCGAGCGUCUGGCCCCAAAAUUGAUAAGCGCUGCGGCGGCCCUCGGGCGUCUACUUAAAAACUUGGGAGGGCCCAAGGCCUCGUGCCGCCGUUUAUACACGGGAGUUGUGCGCUCCAUAGCCCUUUAUGGCGCACCCGUGUGGGCUGAUGCCAUUGGCAGACAGUGCACAGCUCAUCUGCGGAGAUCGCAGAGGGCGAUGGCGCUGCGAACGGUGCGUGGGUACCGCACUGUAUCCACUGAUGCUGCGUGCGUUUUGGCCGGAUCCCUACCCUGGGACUUGGAAGCCAAAGUUCUGGCGGAACUUUACUUCUGGCGAGUGGCGGCUUGGGAGCGAGAUCAUUGGCCUACUCCCUCUGAGAUUGAGGCUCGACGCGCUGAUUUUCUCAAUGACGCGAUGGGAGCCUGGGAGUGCCGUCUAGAGCGGCCAAUAGCUGGCUCCCGUACGAUAGAAGCCAUCCGCCCGGUCCUAAAAGAUUGGGUGGAAAGGCGGCAUGGGGUCCUGACCUUCCGUCUGACCCAGAUCCUGUCGGGGCACGGCUGCUUUGGUCGGUUCCUGUGGAAAAUUGUGGGUCGGGAACCAACCCCUGAAUGCCACGAAUGCGGAGCGGAACAAGAUACGGCCCAGCACACGCUGGAAGUGUGUCCAGCAUGGGGCUCGCAGCGAUCCGUACUCAUUCCUGUAGUAGGGUCGGACUUGUCCUUGCCGGCAGUGAUUGCUGCCAUGGUGAGGCAAGACACGGCGUGGCAGGCGAUGCUCUCCUUCUGCGAGGAAGUGGUGGCGCAGAAAGAGAAAAAUGAGCGCGAAAGGGAGAUUGCGGCGGAAGCAGACUCCACUCGCCGUCGAAGAGUAGGGAGGAGGCGCGCUGCGCACGACCGAAAUCUCCCACCCUAA